AUGCGUUUCGAGAUCUUCGCUCUUCCUGUACUGGCUGCUGUUGCAGAGGCUGUUGCCAUCUCGAGCAAGCCUAGCAGUGUCUGCACGACCUGCCCAGUCACCAUCCAGAACACAGAUGCCGCCAUCUCAUCGGUCCUGUCCCAGAUGUCCGCACAAAGCCCCAGAGCUGUCCUGACCACCACCUCAAUCACCGGUUCGCCAGUUGCCCCCACUGCAGUUGCAAAGAUGAGCACCACUGCUCCUCCUACUUCAGCAAAGCCCACUGCAGCAUCAACAGCUUCCAAAAAGGCAAGCACAAGCAGCAGCAGCAAGAAGCGUCAACGCCGCGCAGCAACCACUACCUCUUCCUCUGUUGUUGCCUCAUCCACACCCGCCAACGGAGCCUGCUCCACCAUGCCCAACUUCGGCUACACCUACACACCCACCAACCCCGCNCCCUCGGCCUUCCUCAAAGACACCACUCUACGCGCCCAAUACAUGACCGCCUCUGUGCCCGCAAACUACGUCUGGCGUUUCGCAGGCUUCUACGCCUCCAUCUCUCAAGCAGGCUACAUGUUCUACACCGAGUUGUCUUCGUACUCACCUUCCCAAUGCGCUGCCAUCUGUGAUGCCAAUACCGCUUGCAAAGGCUUCAAUAUCUAUUUUGAGAGAACACCUUCGUUGGCGCCUGGAAAUGGGUGUGUUAAUCCUGCUCCUCAGGUGGAUGUCAAGUGUGCUUUUUACUCGACUGCGGUGUCUGAGGCUAAUGCUGUCAAUAUUGGUUCGUGGAGGAGUUCGUUUAAUGUGGUUAUUACUGGUGGCAAUGGAUAUACCAAGAUGUAA